AUGGUGGACCUGGAGCAGCUGGUGCAGAAAGCCUGGCUGGCAGAGCAGGCAGAACACUACAACGACAUGGCUGUAGCCAUGAAGAACUUAACAGAGCUGAAUGAGCCACUGUCCAAUGAAGAAAGAAACCUUCUGUCUGUGGCCUACAAGAAUCUAGUUGGGGCACACUGUUCUUUUUGGAGGGUCAUUAGUAGCAUUGAGCAGAAGACUUCUGCAGACGGUAAUGAGAAGAUGAUAGAGAUGGUCCGUGCUUACUGUUAGAAAAUAGAGAAGGAGUUGGAAGCAGUGUGUCAGGAUGUGCUGAGCCUGCUGGAUAACUACCUGAUCAAGAAUUGCAGUGACUUCUGGCCAAGAUGGAGGCAUAAGUGGAAACACUGUGCCUCCAAAAAGAAUUCCAAUGAGACCCAGUAUGAGAGCAAAGUGUUUUAUCUGAAGAUGAAAGAGGACUAUUACUGCUACCUGGCUGAAGUAACCACUGGCAAGAAAAGGGUGACUGUUGUGGAAUCAUCUGAGAAGGCCUAUAGCAAAGCCAAUGAGAUCAGUAAGAAGCACAUGCAGCCUACUCACCCCAUGAGAUUGGAUCUGGCUUUAAACUACUUCGUUUUCUAUUAUGAGAUCCAGAAUGCCCCAGAGCAAGUGUGUCACUUGGCCAAGACCACCUCUGACAAUGCCAUUGCUGAGCUUAACACUCUCAGUGAGGACUUCUGCAAGUACUCCACUUUCAUCAUGCAGCUCCUCUGUGACAACCUAACGCUCUGGACAAGCCAUCAGCAAGAUGACAAUGGCGGAGAAGGCAACAGUUAAGGCACCGCCCCACAGGUGGA